GUUAAUAUUGCUUAAGAUCCAAGGAAAAGGGUUGUUGUUUCUUUUGAAAGCAUCAGGUAGCAUCAGGUUCCUGCUCGACGGUGGUGGUGCUCGCUUUGUUCUCGCACAAGAUUUUCAGGAUACUGGUCAUCUCAGGCGCUUUUGCAUUGCGCUGCAAUGGCCGCGGCAGUCGCUGCUCCCGCGCAAAUAGAUACGGGGCAUUCUGACACGGUGCAUGACGUUCAAUUUGACUACUAUGGACGGCGCUUGGCGACAUGUUCCUCUGAUCGCACCAUCAAGGUGUUUGAGACAGCUGGUGAUCAGAUGGCGGAAGUGUCACAGCUGGUAGGACAUGAAGGACCUGUUUGGCAAGUGACUUGGGCACACCCAAAGUUUGGCAGUCUCCUAGCAUCUUGCGGAUUUGACCACAAAGUCAUAGUGUGGAAGGAAGCUCAGGAGUCCCAGUGGGUCCAGGCAUACUCGGCACCCGUGCACAGCGCGUCUGUGAACAGCGUGGCGUUUGCACCGCAUGAGCUCGGCCUCAUUCUGGCAGCAGCAUCAUCCGAUGGGUCAAUAUCCAUUCUCACAUAUCACGAGGGUGCCUGGACGCCUUACAAGGUAGCAGAUGCCCACAGUCUGGGCGCAACAGCGGUGUCAUGGUCACCAGCAGCGCCUGCGGGCUCACUCGUGUCAGUCAAGGGCCCCGCUCAACCUGAGAAGCGCCUUGCCUCGUCUGGUGCAGACAAUACAGUCAGGGUGUGGCGCUUGAAUGAGAAGACGGGUGAGUGGCAGCAGGAGGGCCCUGCGCUGACAGGGCACAGCGAUUGGGUGCGGGAUGUUGCCUGGGCUCCCAAUCUGGGACUGCCCAGCAACACCCUGGCGUCUGCAGGCCAGGAUGGGAAGGUGCUGAUCUGGUCUGAGGGCCGAGACGCACCCGGCACAUGGACACCGACGCUUCUGCAUGACUUCAAGGCACCUGUGUGGCGGGUGAGUUGGUCAGUGACUGGAAGCAUUCUAGCAGUAUCAGACAGCCAGGGGAACGUGACAACGUGGAAGGAGUCGCUUGAUGGAAGCUGGCAGAAAUUGGCUUCUUGAGGUUCAUCCUUUGAAGCGCAGGCCCAAGUUUUAAAAUAUUUGUUGAGAAGGCUAUUAAUAUUUGAAUAUUCAAUGUCAAUGGUAUGGUGCAUUGCUCAAAUUCGUGAGGACAUAUAAUAUUAAUCCAGUAAAGAUCCAUGUAAUUGCCAGUAAUAUUU